CGUUACUCUCCCGCGGCUGGUGGUCGCUCAGUGCGCGAACGACUACCGAGCGCGCACCACUGCGCGCGCGCAUCUCGUGAACGUGUUAAGUUUCGUGAUUUAAAAAUGGUGUCACUGCAGUUACUCGUUUUUGGUAUAACCACAUUACUACUACAAGUUGGAUGUGGGGAACACAACAAAUAUGACGAAUACACCCUUAUCAGUCUCUACCCUACCAACCCCCAGCAAGUAGAAGCGGCGAGGCACUUCUAUGACCCUGAAAAUAGAGUCGAAAUUCUGAAGAGUUCUCGUGGAGUGAACGAUAGCCUGGACGUACUGGUGCCUCCAGAUAGAGUGGCCAUCUUGCAGAAGUAUGCACGGUCCAAUGAACUGCAAUUCCAGGUUAAGGAGACCGAGUAUGGAAGGAAAUUCGAGUUUGUGGAACGAGUGCCGAGGCGUAGAGUGCUACGGCCUUUCAAUGUCUACGACUACAAUUCCUUUGGUUCGAUUCAAGAAUACCUAGACACCGUGGCUACGAGGCAUCCAGACCUGGUCACCCUCCAAAACUUAGGCAGCAGCUACCAGGGUCGCCGGAUGAAGCUGGUCAAAAUCUCCGCUGAUCCUAACGCCGGCAACCCUAUCAUUUUCAUUGAUGCAGGUAUCCAUGCUAGAGAAUGGGUGGCCCCUGCAAUGGCUUUGUACCUCAUUCACCGUUUGACCAACGACCCCGAUGCUAGACGCAACGAACUCAACGGUGUCGACUGGUACAUCCUCCCAGUGGUCAACCCCGAUGGAUAUGAAUACACCCGAUCUAGUAAAGCUAAUCGACUCUGGAGGAAAACAAGAUCAAAGAGUGUGAGCAACUGCUAUGGUGUCGAUGGAAAUAGGAACUACGGUUUCAAGUGGGCUGUCAGUGGAGUGUCAAGUAACCCAUGCGAUAAAGAGACUUACGCAGGUCCCAAGCCAUUCUCAGAACCAGAAACGCUGAUGGUCAGGAAUGUGAUGAUGGAAAACGCGAAACGCCUGAAGCUGUACGUAUCUGUUCACUCAUACGGGCAGUACCUGGUGUACCCGUGGGGAUUUACUGGAGAUUUCUUGCCCAAGACCUGGAAAAAGUUGGAUAGCUUAGCUAGAUCAGUAUCAGAUGCAGUUCAGCGAGCAGGAGGGAAACCAUUCAAGGUCAUGAGUGCUGGAAAGUGGUACCCUGCUGCUGGUGGCAGCGACGAUUACGCCUUUGGAGCUGUCGGUGUUCCUUACUCAUACACGAUGGAGCUCACAAACGGAUAUGAAUUCAUUUUUCCCAAAGAUCUUCUACGCACAGUCUUACCACAAUUCUACGAGGGAUUCAAAGUUUUUGGAGCCCAAAUCAGAAAGGAAUUCAGGCCACUCGAAUAUAAAGCAAAGACUUACACUAGUAGUUCAGCAGAAAAUUCUUCUGAAGAAGACUGACUAAAACUAAGACUUCAGUGAGUUUUGACAAACUU